UCUGGCCACAGCCCAGCUCAUCCCUGCCCUGAGCAGAGUGUUAGUGCUGCCCACAGUGUUGCCAGGCAUCCCUGGAAGAGGAGGUGCGUUAAACUAGGAGAAGGAAGCAAGGGGAGAGAAAAGUUAGCCUCAGUGUGGUUUGCUUUGUGCUCUUUCAGCAAGCAGAGUACGGAUCCUUGCCAGAUCUGGAGCUCAUCUGAUGUACAUUAAACCCUGGGGAAGAACGAUCCUCUAUAAUCUCGCUGCGUUGACGCUCUGCUGAGGGUUCCUAUUUGCUGUCAGAGGUACACCCAUACAUGUAGCUGCAGCUCCUCGAAGACACUGACUGUUUUUGUCUCCUCAAGUCAAAAUAUUUUCCAAACUCCAGAGGGCAAACCUGGAGAGAGCGAGAGAAAGAGAGAUCAAGGUGCUUGAAGAAGGCCGUGCUUUCUCCACAACAACUUGGAAAUAAAAGUUGUCAGUGUUGCAACUGUUUUCAAAGGGGAAGAUCCAGACUUCAAACAAAACCAUCAGCCCUAUCAUUCCUCUCGACGUGUGCAGAGGAGGCUCCAAGGACAAGAGAGCAGUGUUCACAUAAAUACAGGAAACACCUGAAGGUUUUCCAAGGUUCAGCCCCAGGAAAUACAGCUCCAAAAAAACAGACACAACUCUGACACUGAUUUUUACAAGAAGCUCACAAUCUCAUUAGUCAAUCAGCAUGUCACGCUGGGGGCGAAAAAAUGUGAAGAAGGCGCCGGAGGUGAUCCGCACUGUGACAGAAGGGCUCAAGUCCCUGUAUCGAAAGAAGCUGCUGCCUCUGGAGCAGUACUACGGUUUCCACGAUUUCCACUCUCCCAGUCUGGAGGAUGCAGACUUUGAUAACAAGCCUAUGGUGCUGGUGGUGGGACAGUACUCCACAGGGAAGACUACGUUCAUCAAGUAUCUACUGGAGCAGGAUAUUCCUGGGAGCAGGGUGGGACCUGAACCCACCACUGACUGCUUCACUGCUGUCAUGCAUGGGGAGGUGGAGGGAGUCAUCCCUGGAAACGCCCUUAUUGUAGAUCCUAACAAGCCUUUCCGCAAACUCAACCCAUUUGGAAAUACCUUCCUGAACAGGUUCCAGUGUGCCCAGAUGCCCAACCAGGUCCUGGAGAGUAUCAGCAUUAUUGACUCACCGGGGAUCCUGUCCGGGGCAAAGCAGAGAGUGAGCCGAGGUGAGGGAGGUAGCAAAGGUUAUGACUUCCCAGCUGUGCUGCGCUGGUUUGCUGAACGCGUGGACCGCAUCAUCCUGCUGUUUGAUGCCCAUAAACUGGAGAUAUCCGAUGAGUUCUCCGAGGCCAUCGGUGCCCUGAAGGGCAACGAGGACAAGCUGCGCGUGGUGCUCAACAAGGCAGACAUGGUUGGCACCCAGCAGCUGAUGCGGGUGUACGGUGCACUCAUGUGGUCCCUGGGGAAGGUGUUUGGCACCCCAGAGGUUCUGCGCGUCUACAUCGGCUCCUUCUGGUCAGAGCCACUGAUGGUUACAGACAACCGUAAGCUGUUUGAGCUGGAGGAGGAGGAUCUGUUCGCUGACAUCCAAAACCUCCCUCGCAAUGCAGCUUUACGCAAGCUCAACGACCUGGUCAAGAGGGCACGUCUGGUUAGGGUCCACGCCCACAUCAUCAGCUAUCUGAAGCAGGAGAUGCCUUCUGUCUUCAGAAAGGACAAUAAAAAGAAGAAUCUGAUCUACCAGCUGCCAGUUAUUUUCUCCAAGAUCCAGCUGCAGCACAACAUUUCUGCUGGAGACUUCCCAGAUUGUGCCAAGAUGCAGGAGCAACUGAUGGUUCACGAUUUCACCAAAUUCAAAACCUUGAAGCCUAAUCUGAUGGCAGCCCUGGAUGAGUUGCUCUCCGCUGACAUUGCCAAACUAAUGCCCCUCCUGCGGCAGGAGGAGCUGGAGGCAGGUGAGCAACUAGGCGUGCAGGGUGGAGCCUUCCUGGGGACCCGUGGUGGACCAUUCUCUGAGGGCGACCCCUUCACCGAGGAGAACGGAGAGGGACCAGAGGAGGAGGAGGACUGGGUGGUGACCAAAGACAAGCCCAAAUAUGAUGAGAUCUUCUAUAACCUCGCUCCCAAUGAGGGGAAACUGAGCGGCAAUAAGGCUAAGGACUGGAUGGUGAGCUCCCGCCUGCCCAACUCGGUGCUGGGUCGCAUCUGGAAGCUGUCAGAUGUGGACCGUGAUGGCAUGCUGGAUGAUGAAGAAUUUGCGCUAGCUAGCCACCUGAUUGAGGUCAAGCUGGAGGGCCACGGUCUUCCACCUGAGCUCCCCAACCGUCUGAUCCCACCCUCCAAACGCAGGCAGAAAGGUUCUGAUGCAUAAACAUGUCACAAAGUCCCUGGAGCUGAGAGACUAUUCUCUACUGGCUGUCACACUUCUGCUACUGUUUGUAUUUGCUCAUCCCCCCCCCCAGACCCAUGUCAAAAUGUUGUAUGUAAUGUGUUCAACUUUUCUUCUGAGACUGAUUUUGGUCUCGUACAAUGGAACAUGCUGUAUUUAAGUGCAAGUCUUACCUUUGAGACUAUAACAAGGGCUUACUGCCAAAGAUUGUGUAUUUAGAAGUCACACUGGUCUGGUUGCUUCUUCCCUUUGGCUUCUCAAAGUUUGCUUUAUAUGAUGAACUUUUAAAAAUAUAUCUACUUGUGUUUGCUGAGCAGAAGUAAAUAAAGGCUGGCGCCCUCUAAGCGAGCAGUAUUUGGCUUAUAUUUCACAGAAUACAGAGCAAAAACUGUAUUUAAUCUUUAAAUUUAACAUUCCUCCAGUGAUUAGACUGGGGUGGCACAGUAUUAUCUUGGUGAUAAUUUGUAGGAUUACGCCAUUUUCAGAUUGGGCCAUUCCAGUGACGUUAUCAUCUACAAAUGUAUUUACAAAGACUUAUUUUGCAGAAAUGAUUUGUUUAUAGCAUUUUCAACUCAAACUGGCAGCACAAAUCUAAUAACCUGAAUGCAUUUCACUUUGAUGCUUUACGUGCCACCAUUUUUGUGCAUACUUUAUAUAUUAUUUUUGUAAUUGUUUCUGUUGUUUUGUAUGUGCAGGAGCAAGACUUCAGUUAUAUAAAAGAACAUUACAUGCUGAGAUGAACUUUUCAACCAGAUCGAAUGAUUGAUUUAUUACUGACUACUGUACACAGCUCCACCAAAUGUUCUUAUGUUAACUAUUAUUGUAACCAAAUAAAAAUUCCCUGACUGUG